AACAGCAGCAGUGCUCUCAAGCUCAUAAAGAUCCCAUCCUGUGAGAGGACGCAUAGACCGAGUGUGUAACUGCAAAUCAAAUAAAAAUGGAUAACGGAUGUCGUUGUUCAAGCAGCAGCGAUAGGCUUUCCAACCCUAUCCUCUACAACAUCCUCAGCCAAAUGGAUAGCAGCAAACCCAGCCAAGACUACAUCUCAGUACCUCACAGAUGCAACUGUGAGGUGCCCCGGACUGUGUGCUUGAAAACUCCGUCUGAGAUUUGCAAAGAAGCCUCGGCGGUUCUGGUUAAAACCCUCCACUUCAUGAAGAACUUACCUGCUUUUAACCAGCUGCCGCCCAACGACCAGUUCACACUUCUCAGGAGCUGCUGGGCGCCGCUCUUCAUCCUGGGCCUGGCUCAGGAGCAUGUGAACUUUGAGGUGAUGGACGUCCCCACCGACAGCAUGCUGAAGAAGAUUCUCCUGAACCGCCAGGAGAGUCCAGACAUGGAGCGGGAGCAGCCCAGCAUGGCCGGCGUCAGCAAACUCAAGGGCUGCCUCAAAAAGUUUUGGAGUUUGGAUUUGAGCCCAAAGGAGUACGCAUACCUCAAAGGAACCACGAUAUUCAACCCAGAUGUUCCAGAUUUAAAGGCGGCUCUGUUUGUCGAAGGCCUGCAGCAGGAGGCUCAGCACGCCCUGAGCGAGGUGGUCCAGCCUCUUCACCCAGGUGACCACGAUCGCUUUGCUCGGAUCCUCCUCACGGCCUCCAUGCUGCAGAGCAUCACGCCCAGCCUCAUCACCGAACUCUUCUUCAGGCCCGUUAUAGGACAAGCGGACCUGCUGGAGCUGCUGGUCGACAUGCUCUUCUGCAGAUAGAAGGGGUUGGACUUCUUGGAGAAAACCGAGUGCUGUGCUUGAACUUUUUCCGAACAGCAGGCUGCUCUAAAAGGCACUUAGAGACGCCAGUAUAAACUGUGAAGUGGUGAACAUGGGAUUAUGAAAAUUGCUUGCAUUUCCACUGAAGCUGAGGUCACUUUAACCCAGUCUGAAAAUCCACAGAAGUGGAAAGAUUUGACUGUUAAAAUACUUGAUUCUUUCUGUUUCUCUCAUUGUUGUAACUAAGCGUUGUCUGCAUUUACAGAAGAUUUCUAAUAAAUAUAUUUUUGUACAUGAACGUAA